CAUGCUGGGGUCUGCUUCAGCAGGAUCUUAUAUUUGGCCUGUCGACAGGGAACUCACCUGCAGAUGCAAGGUCGGGAUCAAUUUCAUCCAUUGGCGUAUCAGCGCCAUAAGCACGGUCAAUCAACCGCUCCAUGACAGAGGUGGAUUUGAUCUAUCCAAAUGUCGAGGAAUUGAUGUCUGGAGUAUACUUCGUUCCCACUCCCACGGGUAUUCAACCCUGGUACCUACGCUGUAGCCUUUUAUUCCGAGCGCGUGGCAGUUAUUCCCCGGAUACACCACUUCCCAGGGAUCCUUAUCGCCAUCACAUACCAAUAUUUUUUGAUAUUGCCGGCGAAGCUAUCAAUAUGAUAACUUGCCAGCACUAUAACUUCGGACUCCUUCAAAAGUGUGUGCGCAAUGCUUGUUACUAUCGAGUCGGUUCGUCAGUUGCGUCCCAAGUCCCUGGUCAGAUGAGGAAAGACAACCAACCCCGAAACCCCCAGCCUCAAAUGUCGAAUCGAUCAGAUACGUCACAUGCUUCAUUCCCUGCCUCCAAGUGCAUGCAUAGUAAGACUUGCAAUGUAUCUGAAGAGAUGGAAAGCGGGUAUGCAUGGCGGUUUAUUGUACAAGGUAUCCCCGUCGGUACUCAGCCAUGACAGAGUGGCACAGUGACACAGUAAUGAACCAAGGCAUAUUGUCAAAGAGAUUGUCUUUCUCUUCUAGUCUAGAAAGCUAGAUUAGCUGGCAUCUUGGUGCAACGUCCGUUGUGAGUCUGUCAACAUUCUCAUGGCGGCGUCGCACCAGGACUGCUUAGCAACUGGCCGGAAUCAUCCUGCCUCGUGAUGGACAACGAUCCGCGCCUUCCAACAGGGUACUAUACAGUGUAGCACGAAGUCUUAUCCACGGUGGCUUUGAGGACCUUACUCUCGGGAUAUCAUCGAACGUUCAUUCUCUCUCAA